AUGCACGACGAUUUAUUAGCUGAUUGUAUAUACAUUUCAGUUGUUGGUACUGGGAAUUGUAGCUUAAGAAUUUUGGCGAAGGUCAUUUAUGAAGGUAUACUUGUUGAAUUACAAUUUGCUUAUUUCUUUUUGGCAAAAAUUGUUAGUCAAAGUACAGGUGGUAGUGUUGGUUUUGAUUAUUUACAAUCUCUGGAUCCUCAAUUGUAUAAACAAUUAUUAUUUUUAAAAUAUUAUGAAGGAAAUGUACGUGAUUUAUCAUUAGAUUUUACAGUAGUUCAAUCAAUUUUUGAUCAACCUGAAACGAUUGAAUUAAAACCUGGCGGUAAACAUAUUCCAGUUACAGAAGAGAAUCGUGUAGAAUAUGUACAUUUAAUGGCAAAUUAUAAAUUAAAUAUAAUGAUUUAUCCACAGGUACGAGCUUUCACAGCUGGAUUAAAUGAUGUUAUACCGAUUGAUUGGUUGCGUCUUUUCGAUGCAGAAGGUUUACAAACUCUUAUAUCUGGUGCAGAUAUGGUGAUUGAUGUGGAUGAUUUAAAAAAGCAUACAUACUAUUUUGGAAAUUCAUCAACUUAUACAGAAACAUUAAAUAGUUUUUGGUCUGUAUUAAAAAAUUUCUCUGAAUCAAAUAAACGUUUAUUUUUAAGAUUUGUCACGGCUUGUUCACGUCCACCAAUGUUUGGUUUUAGUGAAUUACAACCACCAUUUUCUAUACAAAUUACUGAAGAAAUUGAACGUUUACCAACAGCUAGUACAUGUACUAAUUUAUUACGUUUACCAAAUUUUCGUGAUGAAAAAUUAUUACACGAUCGUUUAUUGUAUGCAUUGAAUGCGAAUGCUGGUUUUGAAUAUGGUUAA